AUGUCAUCCUCAAGCCACUCUUCCAAGUUCACGAUUGUAGAUUUAACCAAGGAAGUAGAAGAAACUACCAAAGAACAAGUCUCUACAAAUGGCCGUGCAAAGAGAAAUAAGAUCAACAAACGGUUUAGAAACAACCCCGGUUUUGCCUCUAACUUUUUCUUCUUUCCUUCCAAUGUCAAUUCUACGACUGGACAAUCAUCACAUAACUUGCAGAGUCAACAACAACAGCAAGGAUCUUCUUCGUCGAUGCUUUGCGCAAACACGCCAGCCAUACCGUGCACGCAGACAGCUGCAGCAUCGAUCAACAAACACGAAAGUGAAAAAAAUACUUCCAGAAAAGUAAUGAGUAACACAUCACCAAAUUCGUAUCCUGCCAAUUCAUCCACAACACCACUUAAUCCAUUCACCUUUGUGACUUCAGAUAAUACCAUACAGUUUGAUGAAAAAGGAAAUGCCAUUGCUGGUACAAUUCAACUACCUUCGUGUGAAAUUCAAAGCAAUCAUACGUUUUUAGACGAAGCGUCCAUGCUUGACCUCUUGCAAAACGAAGAUACCUGUGUAGAAAUGAGUCCUUCGUUCAAUCAAUCAUGUUUGAGUACUAACAACACGCUCCUCGCAAAUUUCUUAUCCUCUCCUCAGAAUUUUGGUUUUUCUAACAUUGCCUCAAGCAACAAUGUAUCUGCAACACCCAACUCCUCCACAACUCCUCCUUCUUCUCAAAAACGACAUGGUCGCAAUCCUACAGCAAAAAGAGGUUCCAUUUGCCAGGAAAUUAUAGUGGACAAGAGAAGAUAUUCAUGCAGUGAUGUGAUGUUCUCUCAAACGAAAACAUCGCAUCAACCUUCUUCGUUUACGAAUAUUUCAAUGGUUUCGACGAUCAAUGCACAACACAAUAGUGAAACACCCAAGCCAACUCGUGGAAGACUUGCUUCACCUCAAGCAACAUGGGAAACCUUGCAGUCGUUUGUUUUUCCUACAACAACAACCUAUGAAGUAAGUGAAGAAUCAUCCAAUGAGAGAAUAUUAUGUGAAGAAUCACAAUAUUCCACUACUUCAUACGGUUUCCAAGAAGAAAAUUCAUGUGAGGCAUACACAAUGAAUCCUUCUUUGAAAAAGAGGCGACCUAGUGUUCAAGUUGAUACUGACUCAUUGUCAUCAUUUGUGGCUAACUUCCAGAAUCAAAUGAAUCUCAGUAACGCUAAUAAUUCUUCCUUAGGGUUUAACAAUGUUGUCUUGGUCAACCCGUCACCAAAGUUGCAACAACAACCAAACCAAGUCUAUGAGCCUUCCUUGACCACCAAGCUCAUGCAACAACAUCAAACAAUGGCUGCAAAUACUACUAUUAGUACUGAAACAACAGCGUCCACCAUAUUCAACAGCCUUCCUCAGACCGUUCAACAACAAGUGGUCGAUAUUAUUGUCAAUCAUCUACUCGUGCAGAGCAGCCAGGAAAGGGCAGAACAUGUUCCGCAACAGGAGAAUGGAGAUGAGCUCAUCGUUUCAGGACACAAUAACAACUCAAGCGCCAAUGCAUCCUCGUUCCUCGACGAAAAGGACCUUCAAACUCUUGAUUUACCUGGUUUUGACAUUGCAACUUCGGAACCAAGCUCAGAUACUCCACUUUCCCCUUCUCUACUCUCACCUUCCACCUUUUCAAUUGCAACAGCGGUUGAAUCCAGUGUAAAUAAUAACAAUAAUAUGGGCUACAGCAGUGGUGUGAUUGAGCUUGCUCCACAACACUCUGUAUUAAGUACCUCGUCGGUAUUGCUCACAUCAUCUUCCAUAUCGUCAGAGUCCUUAGGAGACUUGAGAAAUUCCUCCAGUAUUCAAUCCUCUCCUACAAUCUCUAACAGCAGAAGAGACAUGAGCUCAAGAGAUGAUUAUAUCCCUUCUUCUUUACCAUCUGAAAUUUCUGCAGAGACUUUGACCGUUUCCGAAUCUGCUUCAAUUCUUUAUCAAGGAGUUUCUAGUGCAAGCAAUCCAGAAGAAGUCAAUUUUACUGAAGAGGAAUACGAGAGCAUUUUAAGAGACUUGUUCCAACAAGUGCCACAACUGUAA